AUGUGGCCAGUUCUUCCCAGUGGCCAAAUUAAUGAGGAUUUUGACUGGCCCCUUGAAGGAUCGCUCAUUCCCAACAGUCCUCCCAUGAAGAGACCCAUCUGUAAGACGCCUGAGCAGCCCGUCCCAGUGAGGCACAGAGUUUUGCAAAAUGGAGACAAGAAUAAAGACAGAGCUCUUCUUAUAAUUGGGCCAGAUAGCUCACUUAGGCAGAAAGCACAGUGUACCAAAAAUUUAAAAUUACCAUCUGCAGCUCGGAGAUUAUUCAAUGAAAAGGGGAUAGAAGUCUUUGCCUUAAAAGAUCUGCAAAGAGAUGAACUGGUUUAUGUGUCAUGUGGAGAAAAUUGGAUUGAUCCUGAUCUGUCCACUUCUCAGCAAAAGAGGCAAAUCUUCCUCAGGAACCUAGCAUCUGAUAUUUCCCGAAUUCAAGCCUUUUGCAGUAUGCAUAAGACACAGGCUCUUGUUUUAGAGGUCCAAAGUGACAUUGGGUCUGGAGCCAAGCUUGCUGUGCAUAAACCUGUAACAAAUUGUGGAGAAGAAAAGCAAAUUUUAGAGCCAAAGGAGAAACAAAUGCAAAAAAAUGCUUCAACCAGCGAAAACAUUUCCGGUGAAAUCCUAGAUGCACAUGCAAGGGCCCACCUCCGAAUGAAGGCUUGUCACACUCUUCUCAAGUAUGCCUGGCAGAAAAAGGCUUCUGACUUCAAUGAGAACGACAGUCUUCCAAAGACAACGGAAGGAGAGCUCUUUGAAAAAGUGGAGCUACAGAAGAAAUCCAGCCUUUCACCAAGGUGUGACCAGUUGCAGAAGCUUUGCCGUCAGCAGUUUGAAUACAGAGAUGGAAGGAUUAUAAGCCACGUUGCACCUCAGCUUGUUUUGGGGGUACAAAGUCACAACCUCCAUUCAGGGACGGAUGUAGUUUUGGUGGAAAAGAAAGCUGAUGAUGGUCAUCAAUGCUGGAUACACAACGAAGGCAGCAGGACUUUUCACCUGCUGAGUAACCCAGACCUUGUGCUGGCUGUGUCUAUGAACAAGGCUGGAAAUGAAGUUGAGGGAUUUCCAGUUAUUGUCCAGAAAUAUAAGCCCUAUAACAAUGGGACUUCCAAUCAAAAGUGGCAUUAUAUUGAAAAUAGGAAAGCCUUUAUGGCCUUUCACAGCACAGAGCUGAACAAGAAAAUCACUGCAGCAAAUUAUGCUGGUGUUUGUACAUCUUCUGUGAUUAAAGAAGAGAACAUUGACCAACCGGGCUAUUAUUAUCUCUCACCUGGUGGAAAGAGAACAAUAAUGCUCUGCUUGGCUUGUGGACAAGCCAGGAGAGCAAAACAGGGACUGAAGCAGCUGCUACCUGGGACCUCAUUCCUCUGUGCCUCUGGCUCACAGACCCAGAAACCCUUCUCACUAGGACCCUUCAAGGCAAUCACUGUGGUCAAGGCUGAUUUAUCAUCUUACAAGGCUGAACAGACUUUAAGUUAUUAUGAAGGACUUCUAUUAUCUUUACGGAUGAAAACUUGCACUUGGGCUGUAUCUCAUGGUAGUGUGUCAAGUACACAGCAAAAAGCACUGAAAAUAAUUGCAUACAAAAAUGGAGCUGGCUAUCAUAAUGGGAAGUUAAUUGUGGCUGAAACAUUCCCCAUGCUUCUUACAGAAUGCACGAAACAACUGGGUCUUUCCAGAGUAGCUUCCAAGCUAUAUACCAAAGAUGGGACCAUAAUUCACACUUUGCAUGAUUUGGUUUCAUGGGCUGUAGAUGAAUCCUUCAUCCAGAGAGACUCUAAAGAUACAAAGAGACAUGCAAACCCUGUUGGAACAGAAGAGACAGCUAUUAAAGAAAUCCCCAAAACAGAAGUGCAAAGCAAAUCACUCCUAAAGCCUGUGACAUCUGAUCAUUUGUGUGGUAUAGAUGAGUCUUUGUUUGACCUUGUCUUCAGAAAUCCUAUUGCCAUCUGGGUGUCUUGUGGUGAACCAUUUUUACCUUUGAAUGCUCUGCAGAAAGAAAAAUUGGAGAAGCAGAACUGGAUAAAAAAGGACAAAAUUUUGGCUGAUCUAGAUACUAUGAAACACAAACUGAGGCAGUUGAAAGGGAGGCGAGUUGCAGCAUGUCAGCCAACUAUCCUGGUUCCAACCAAAAGCGCUGUGCAGCCAGUGGUGGUAGAGGGAGGCUGGACUCAGCAGAGUCAAGAGGAAAUUAAGCUCGUGGAACUUAUAAGACAUACAGAGGCACACCUUUCUGAAGUCCAAGAUCUGCAGUUCAAAGGAGAGUCUCCAAUUUCAACUAAACAUGCAGAAGUUAAGCAGAGCCGCCUGUACAAGCAACCCAACAUGAAACGAGUAUGGGUUUACCUAAAUGGAGGCAGACCUGAAGAUGGAACUUAUGCCUGGGGCAGAACUAUUUCAGAGCUCCUGGAUGCCUGCUCGUCUCGUCUUAAAAUGGUCCACCCAGCCAGAAGGCUGUAUACCCCAGAAGGAGAGCAGAUUCACUCAUGGGAUGACAUUGAGCGCGAUAUGGUCAUCUGUGUGUCCAUGGGUCAUAGUUUUGUAACUCAGAGAGAGUUAAAUCAAAUGAUGGAGAUUAGAGCAAAUUACACCAGAAUCCGAAGGCAGAAGGGCCCACAAGCCACAGAUGUUGUGAUAUCUUCCUCAUCCAAGUUGCUAUCUCUGGUACAUUUGUACAAUUAA